AUAUUACCCCAGGGAGCUGAGCGCCAUGGGAAAUAGUUCCUAAAUGCCUUCCUCCGUGGGUGGGAGCUGCCGUGCUGCCUCAGCAGGGGGUCACUGGGGGACUCCAGCCUGGGAUGGUGGCCUCAAAGCUAGUGCUGUCGCUGCUCGUCGCAGCUCUCCUGCUGCACGUGGCCACCACGCUGAAGAUCAGCGCCUUCAACAUCAAGGCAUUUGGGGAUAGCAAGAUGUCCAACCACACUAUUGCAGACAUCAUCGUCUCUAUCCUGUCAGGGUACGACAUCACCUUGGUGCAGGAGGUCCGGGAUGCCGAUCUGAGUGCUGUGAAGAAGCUUGUGGACCAGCUCAAUAGAGUGUCCCCACACCCAUACAGAUUUUUGGACAGCAUUCCCCUGGGUCGGACCAGCUACAAGGAGCAGUAUCUCUUCAUCUACAGGUCAGACAUGGUCUCCGUGCUGGAAAGCUACUACUACGACGACGGCUGUGAGUCUUGUGGGACUGACACCUUCAGCAGGGAGCCCUUCAUUGUGAAGUUCUCCUCGCCCACCACACAGGUGGAGGAGUUCGUGAUGGUGCCCCUGCAUGCCGAGCCCAGCAGUGCGGCGCACGAGAUCGAUGCACUCUAUGACGUCUACGCUGACGUCGUCAACAAGUGGGCCACUAACAACAUCCUCUUCCUGGGCGACUUCAACGCCGACUGCUCCUAUGUGACCAGCACCCAGUGGCCGUCCAUCCGCCUGCGCUCCUUCAACGCCUGCGAGUGGCUCAUCCCCGACAGCGCCGAUACCACUGUCGCUGACACCACCGAUUGUGCCUACGAUCGCAUUGUUGCCUGCGGCACCAUGCUGCGCCGAGAUAUCAAGCCUGGCUCUGCCACAGUCAACAACUUCCAGAAGACUUUCCACCUCCAGAGCAAGGAUGCUUUGGCCGUCAGCGACCAUUUCCCAGUGGAGGUGACCCUGAAAGGGCUGCAUCCUGCUGGAGCCUCUCUGGCUGGGGGGCAGCUGACGAGCCGUCCAUCCUGCUGCUGGGAGGGCAGAGGUGCUGCGCACUCACCAAGCAUCCCUCCUGGCAGGAUGGGGACCGUGGUGCUGGCACUGUCUCUGCUGGCUGUGGCUUUCCUGUGCCCAGCUACCGCCACGCUGCGCGUUGGUGCCUUCAACAUCCAGGCGUUCGGUGACACCAAGAUGUCCAACGAGGAAGUGGCGGGCAUCAUUGUCAGGAUUCUGAGCCGCUACGACGUGGUGCUGGUGCAGGAAGUGCGUGACUCCGACCUCAGUGCCGUCACCCAGCUCAUGGAGCAGCUCAACAGCAUGUCCUCUUCCCUGUACGACUAUGAGAUCAGUGGCCCCCUGGGACGGGACAACUACAAGGAGAUGUACCUCUUCAUCUACAGGACAGACACUGUGUCUGUGGUGGACACCUACCAAUACGAGGACCCCGAGGACGUCUUCAGCCGGGCGCCGUUCAUCCUGAGGGUCUCAGUGCCCCACACCAAGGUGGAGGAGUUUGUGCUGGUGCCACUGCACUCAGCUCCGCAUGACGCCGUCACCGAGAUUGAUGCGCUCUAUGACGUCUACUUGGACAUCGUCAGCAAGUGGGGGACCGAUAACAUCAUGUUCCUGGGGGACUUCAACGCUGACUGCACCUAUGUCCAGCGGAGCGACUGGUUGUCCAUCCGCCUGCGCACCAGCGACAUCUUCAAGUGGCUGCUCCCUGACAGCGCCGACACCACCGUGGGGAAGUCAGACUGUGCCUAUGACAGGAUUGUGGUGUGCGGAGCCAAACUGAAGAGAAGCAUCGUGCCAAAUUCAGCUGCCAUCUACAAUUUCCAGGAUGCUUUCCAUCUGGAGCAGGAGGAGGCCCUGGCAGUCAGCGACCACUACCCGGUUGAGGUGAAGCUGAUGGCUUGA